AUGCUUAAAUUAUCUCAUUUUAUUUUUGGUUAUCUUAUAUUUCUAUUAUUUGGUACCUUAAUAUUCUAUGAAUUAAAUGCUGUUGAAGAAAAACAACGACAUAUACAAGUAAAUAAUCAAAUUCGACAGUUUAUACAACGAAAUAGUGUAUGCCUAAAAGAACAUGAUUUAUACCCUUAUGUUGAUUAUUUUUUGGAUAAGUCACAUACGGGUCUAUGGCAUUCAUCAUUACCAAACACAAACACAACUAAAUGGACAUUUGGACAAGGUCUAUUCUUUGUCACAUCUCUGAUUACCACCGUUGGUAAGGCGCCAUCUAUCUUAUUUUUAUUUUUAUUUUGA